AUGACUGCCGAUUUCUCGAAGCUAGGAAGGCUUACGCUUGAGCCCGAGUCCAAGGACUGGGACAUCAUUGUUGUCGGCUCUGGGCACAAUGGCCUUACCACUGCUGCAUACCUAGCAGCUGCCGGGAAGAAGGUCCUCGUGCUCGAGCGAGCAUCCUACGCCGGUGGCGGUGUAGCUGGCCUCCAAAUGGCAGAGGAAGGCUUCAUUAGCGAACGUCACAGCGCCAUCCACCAGAUGAUUCUUGCCAAUCCUCUUAUCGCCAACGACGAACUUGGCCUCCAGGCUAAGUAUGGCCUCAAGUACCUUCAACUCGAUCCCUGCUACGCCAUCGUCAUGGAGGACAGAGUCCUUCCCAUCUACCGCGAGCGACACCGCACCGUUGAAGCCAUUCGAGAGGCCGCUCCCGAGGACGCGGACGCAUACGAGAAAUUCGUCGACACAUCCCGAAAGAUCACUGAUCUGCUGAUGCCAUCCAUGUUCGAGCCGCCCCGCGACACGUCGGCAGAAAGUGCUAGCAGUGGCUUUGCGGAGGAGAUCGCCACUGUCGGGGCUAGCUCGUCCUUGGAUAUCAUUCAGCGUUACUUCAAGAACGAAAUUCUCCAAGUGGCUCUCUUGCGCUUUGUAACCGAAAUUCAGCUGGCUCACCCCACGACCAAGGGUACUGGUCUCAUGGUAUACCUUGCAUUUGGCCUUGUCGACAGGUACGGACUUGCCGUACCUGAGGGUUCUGGGACGGCUUUCACCGAGUCGGUCAUUCGCUGCAUCAAGGACCACGGCGGAGACAUCAAGUUGGAUACCGAAGUCAUCAAAGUCAUCACCGAGAAUGGCCGUGCGGUGGGGGUCAGAACCCGUUUCGGAGAGUUGCGGGCGAGAGAAGCUGUCGUCGGCCAGAUUCAUCCCCACAAGUUGGAUCAACUUGUAGACGGCUUGGAUGAGUCUGUAACGGCGGCCGCCUUGCAAACACGUGUCUCUGAAUUUACCCUAUUCGUCAUCCACGCAGCUCUUGAGCGUCCGCUGAAGUUCAAAGCCGGCCCACUCGCCGACAGAAGUGUCAUGAACACCUGCUGCCCGGGGACUCUCAAGGACUUACUCAAGAGCUACGACGACAUGGCUCUCGGCCUUCUUCCAGAGAAGAUUAUGAUAGGUGCUUCUUGUGUGAGCUCGGCUGACCCUACGCGUUGCCCACCUGGCAAGUCGCUGCUUCACUGCGUGGUCAUGUGCAAGGCCGAGCCCGCAGACGGCGGCUGGGAGGGCUGGGAUCGCCGUCGCGAUGAUUGGGUGCAGAAAGUGUUUGCAUACUUCUCCAAGUACCUCGAUAACUUCACACCGGACAUCGUCCGCUCUUACCACGCGGUCGCUCCUCCGGACCAUCAGUCCGACAGCCCAAGCUUCCAGCGUGGCGAUAUCUGCGGACUUUCCAUGGCUGCGGACCAGAUGGGAUUGAGCCGCCCGACCCCUGCUUUGGCUCAGUAUAGAGUGCCAGGUGUGAAGGGAUUGUAUCUCGCUGGACCAUUCAUGCAUCCCGGUGGUGGUGUUUGGGGCGGAGGCCGCCCAGUUGCGAAGAGGGUCAUGGAGGAUCUCGGCUUGGACUUUGACAAGACUUUCGUUGCGAAGUCGAGCGCUCAUCUGUAA